UGGCGGGGGGGGGUGGUGGACGGGCGCCGAUUGGUUCGUCGGCCCGGAGCACCGUCAGCGAAUCGUGAGACGUCUCGGCGGAUCACGUGUGGGCAAGGCGACCAAUUGGGAGGGGGGAUAGGGGGGGGGGGCUGAGUGGUGGUGGUGUGGGGGUGCAUCGCGCGAGGGUUCUGCGGGGUCAGAGGUCACGGUGAGGCCCGGGCUCAGCUGGACGGUCACGCGCGCACCGGGGAACCUAGCCUGGCACCAAGCCUGGCACCCGAGCUGGGCACCCCCUCACAACGCGAAGCUCGCCGGGUUUCGCGCGCCUCCAUUGCCGAGCGGAGCUCAGCGUCGAGCUCCGUUUACAGACGAGCACGUCAGGAGCUGUUCACUUUUCUGCUCUCACAACACCCUCUAUGCUUCAGCUCCCCACAUCAAAACAUAACCUGCAGACCAAGGAGACGGUGGUGUCGGUGCCACCGGAGGACCCUUCCCGUGACGCGAGUCUCGUGUCUCCACUCCACCUGGCCAUGUCUGCGGCGGCAUCGAAUCGCAAGCGCGGCCACCGGCGCACGCUUUCGUGGACGCCUGACACGCGGCUCGACGGUCUGGACGAGGGCAGCGCCAGGCUCCCGCUCAUACAGCACGAUGGAGCCGUGAGCGGCAGUGAUGGUUUCUCAGGGAGUGCCAGGAUGGACGGGGCGCAGGAGCGGCCAUCGGGGUCGCCUAGCGGCGACGCGACGGACGUUGGCUUGGCCUCGCGCGGACGGGGCAGCGUGCGCGGCGAGGGCCGCACCAUCGCGCUGCUCUUCUUCCUCUACGUCCUGCAGGGCAUCCCGCUGGGGCUGGCGGGCAGCGUGCCGAUGGUGCUGCAGAGCCGCGGCAUCAGCUACAAGGACCAGGCGCUGUUCAGCUUCGUCUUCUGGCCGUUCAGCCUCAAGCUGCUGUGGGCGCCGCUGGUCGACGCCGUCUACAGCCGCCGCUUCGGCCGCCGCAAGUCGUGGCUGGUGCCCACGCAGUACCUGCUGGGCGGUUUCAUGCUGCUGCUGGCACGGCACGUAGACCACCUGCUGGAGGGGCCCCACAUCAUGAUGCUCACCGCCACCUUCUUCCUCUUCGAGUUCCUGGCGGCGACCCAGGACAUCGCCGUGGACGGCUGGGCACUCACCAUGCUCUCUAAGGAGAACGUUGGCCACGCGUCCACGUGCAACUCGGUGGGUCAGACGGCCGGCUACUUCCUGGGCAACGUGCUCUUCCUGGCGCUCGAGUCGCCCGAGUUCUGCAACACGUACCUGCGCUUCUCGCCGCAGCCCACCGGCAUCGUCACGCUCGCGGACUUCCUGCACUUCUGGGGCCUGGUGUUCCUGGUGAGCACCACGCUCGUGGCGCUGCUCAAGAGCGAGCGGCCCGACGGCCACGACGAGCAGACGCACGCGGAGGGCGUGGGCGUGCUGGCCACCUACCGCCAGCUGCUCUCCAUCGUGAAGCUGCCCAGCGUUCGCACCUUCGCCAUCUUGCUGCUCACCUGCAAGGUGGGGUUCUCCGCGGCGGACGCCGUCACGGGGCUCAAGCUCAUCGAGGAGGGCGUCCCCAAGGCGCAGCUGGCCCUCCUCGCCUUGCCCAUGGUGCCCCUGCAGAUCGUGCUGCCCCUGCUCAUCAGCAAGUACACGGCGGGGCCUCGCCCGCUCGACAUCAUGCUCAAGGCCAUGCCCUACAGGCUGCUCAUGGGGCUGGGCUUCGCGCUGCUCGUGUGGUGGACGCCCAGCGUGAAGUCCGAGUCCGGCUUCCCGUCGUACUACUAUGGCAUCAUCCUGCUGGCGUAUGCCCUGCACCAGGUGGCCGUGUACAGCAUGUUCGUGGCCGUGAUGGCGUUCAACGCCAAGGUGAGCGACCCGAUGAUCGGCGGCACCUACAUGACGCUGCUCAACACGCUGUCCAACCUGGGCGGGAACUGGCCGGCCACGCUGGCGCUGUGGAUGGUGGAGCCGCUCACGAGCAGGGCGUGCGCCGGCGCCACGGGGCUCGCGUGCGACUCGCCCGGCGACGUGCAGCUCUGCGUGGAGGCGGGCGGCUCCUGCGUGACGACACGGGACGGCUACUACGUGGAGUCGGCUCUCUGCGUGCUGCUCGGCGUCCUCUGGUGGCUGCUGCUGGGGCCACGCAUGAGGAGGCUGCAGCAGCUGGGUCCCUCCGCCUGGCAGUGCAGUCGCCAGAGACCUUGACAGAGACGGCGGGGGGGUGGGGGGGGGGGAGCCGGGAGAGAUGGGAAGAGAGGAGGAGCCGAGACCGUGGACUUGGGCUGGCACGGGAGGCGAAUAGAAGCUCGUGUAACGCGGAUCCACAGACCGACCCCGCGGGUGGCCUAAGGCCCUGCACUUUGACACCAUGGCCCUGGUGGUGAGCUUCGUUCGCACCUGGAUUCUUGCUUUGUAACUUGGCAGUGACAACCCCUGUCUGAGACCGUGCGGAGAAUCUUGCAGAAGCAGCUCCUGUCUGUACCAGUAAAUCUGGCAGCAGGAGCUUCUGUCCAAUGGCUUCAUCUACAAUACCUGAUAGAAGCAACGUACGAAGUGUGAAACCCGGCGACAGCAAAUUCUGUCCGAACUUUGACGGAGAAAUUGUGCAGAAGUAACUUCAGUCUUCACGUGGUUGUCACAUGAAAUCUAUCGGCAGCAACAGCUUGGUGUUUGAACCUGGAACUCACUAUGUCACGCGGAGGCAAUAAGUUCUGUCUGCACGAGGAUUCACUCUCGCCAGAUUUAUGAACCUCCUGCCAUCAUGCCCCGCCUCGGUGAUCUCUCCGCACUUACCACUCUUUUCGCAGAAGUAUAAAGGAAGCCGUUACAUGUCGCAUGCACGUAAGCAAAAAGAUUCUCCGUGGUGGGUCAUGAGAACUGUGGGCUGAGAAUGCCUGGUGUUAACUACUCGAUGUAAGCCCCACGGUAAGUCUCAUCCCUUUCACACCUGCAUUAACUGCAGUGGGGUAACCUGGCGGAAAUUCAUCUCUAUGCGUGGGAUAAAGCAAUGCACUUGAUUACGAAUGGAUUCUACACCUAAAAUGUAAAUGCCACGUUGGGCAAAUAAUUUUUCAUUUAUUAAAGUAGAUGGUUAUUUUCAUGGUACAAGAUUUGAAUCGUCCCGUUAACAAUUCUGUUUGGUCCAUGUUACAUGAAAGUGUUACUUGUUUAUGCUCGCGUGCCGAACGAGGCGGAACAGACGAGAGACUAGACGGGUGAGAAAGACGACACAAAUGUGAGAUGGCACAGCCGAGACAACGAAUAAUCUCUUCUUGAGUCGAAGUAUGAACCUGGUUGGUGAGGGUUCCUCAAACCGUGGGGGGGGUGAAGGAGAAUGGCUCGUGUUACGUAAACCCCCAGGACAGGAAGGUGCCCAUCAUCCUUCCAAGGUCUAUAAAAUAAGUACCACAGUGGUGGUGGUGUGUAGUCUCCCAGCAAAAAAUACAAUUUACAGUCGUAGAAAGUUUCUUGUUCUGACCUCAAGGAUUCUCCGUUGUGAGUUUACUGGACUACGGUGAUGAUCUUCUUUGGUUCUUUCGGUAAAGUCACGUAGAAUGAGGAUCAAGUAAUAAAUUAAUCAAAUAAAAUAACACAAUAAAAUUCUCACGGCGUUUCGGCCGCAACACAAGUGGCCUUCUUGAUGAUGCCACGAAAUGUCUCAUAAACAUCUAUAAACUUUUGAUCGUAACCUAUUCACAAUAGAUCAACAAAGUGGCUUAUGUGGAAAUAUACAGUUACGCUAAACGCAUGUUGAUGCUAAGUGUGGAGGGAAAAACCGGAGAACCUGGAGAAAAGUCCACGCGACCACAAGGAGAACAUGCAAACUCCAAAUAUAUUUAGGCGUCAGGGUCGGGAUCGAACCCGCAACUUCCUGCAUACCAGGUGAUGGAGUUAACAUCUCGCCACGGCGGCAUGGACAGUCUACAGCCAGCAAAAAUAUAUCCCAGCAAGUGACAAAAACUAAACUCAAGCAGCAAAAGACUUGUGUUUGGGAAGCUUGUAAAUUUUGGUGAUUCACUAAUUCGCAUUGUCUGAUUCACGCGCGUACACGCACACAUCUUGCAGCAAAGCGGCAGCGGGAUAGUGUGGGCUGCUCAAUGUUCGGUGAAGGCCGUGGGUUCGAUCCCAACCCUGACGUCUUAAUAUUUGGAGUUUGCGCUGUCUCUCUCCCCGUGGUCGGGUGGAUUUUUCUGCGGGUCCUCCGGUUUUUCCCUCCGCAUUUAGAAUGAGCU